AUGGCAGGCAAAGGAAGCAGCGGAGCAGACUCCAUGUCCUGCAGUGUCCUGAACUGGGAGCAGGUCAGCCGUCUGCACGAGGUUCUCACCGAGGUGGUUCCCAUCCACGGCCGGGGGAACUUCCCGACGCUGCAGAUAACGCUGAAGGACAUUGUCCGGACGGUUCGGAGCCGCCUGAGCGAGGCAGGCAUCGUGGUCCACGACGUCCGAUUGAACGGCUCUGCGGCUGGUCACGUCCUGGUCAAGGAUAAUGGGCUGGGAUGCAAAGACCUGGAUCUCAUUUUUCAAGUUUCUCUUCCAAGUGAGGCAGAAUUUCAGUUAGUCCGAGAUGUGGUCUUGCGAUCCCUGUUGAAUUUCCUGCCGGAAGGGGUGAGCAAGCUGAAAAUCAGUCCCGUGACGCUGAAGGAAGCUUACAUCCAGAAGCUGGUCAAAGUGUGCACGGAGACUGACCGCUGGAGCUUGAUAUCGCUUUCCAACAAGCAUGGCAAAAACGUGGAGCUUAAGUUUGUGGACUGCAUUCGGCGGCAGUUUGAGUUCAGCGUGGACUCGUUCCAGAUCAUUCUGGACUCCCUGCUCUUUUACUAUAACUACUCAGAAACCCCCAUGUCGGAGCACUUCCACCCGACUGUGAUUGGGGUGAGCAUGUAUGGAGACUUUGAAGCAGCUUUUGAUCACCUGCAGAACAAGCUGAUAGCUACCAAAAACCCCGAGGAGAUCCGAGGUGGUGGGCUGCUCAAGUACAGCAACCUCUUGGUACGAGACUUCAGGCCCAUGGAUAAGGACGAGAUCAAAACGCUGGAGCGCUACAUGUGCUCCCGGUUCUUCAUAGACUUCCCAGACAUCCUGGAUCAGCAGCGCAAGCUGGAGACCUACCUCCAGAACCACUUCUCCAAAGAAGAGAGGAGCAAGUACGACUACCUCAUGAUUCUGCGCCGGGUGGUGAAUGAGAGCACCGUCUGCCUCAUGGGGCACGAGCGCAGGCAGACUCUCAAUUUGAUUUCUCUGCUGGCACUCAAGGUGCUGGCAGAACAGAAUGUCAUCCCUAAUGCCACUAAUGUGACCUGUUACUACCAGCCAGCACCUUAUGUCAGCGACGCAAACUUCAGCAACUACUACCUGGCAAGUGCCCCUGUGCUGUACAGCCAGUCCUACCCCACCUGGUUGCCUUGCAAUUGA